AUGAGCAAUUAUACAGCUCAACAUUAUUCUAAACGCUUGAGAAGCCAGGUUCCUUACUAUCAGGCCUCUUCAAAGGAAAUUAUAGAUGACCUAAAGAUGAUGAAAAUCGAUCUUAAUUAUCAAAAUGACAGUUUCAAUGCUGAAACUUUGCCUAAGCCGAGCAGACGAGUAAAAUCAAUUAUUAUUGAAGAAACUAACUCUGAGGAUGACGCUCUGGAAGGUCUGGCCAAUCUUAUCGUAAUUGAAAAAAAUCAAAAGAAUGCUGCCCGUCAGCCAGUAAUAGAAAGAAAAACUUACUUACUUAAUUAUCUGGUGUUUAAGGUGUCUAGUGCCGCAGCCCAAAAAGGACCUAUGGCAAAACUAGUGACGUAGGCGAGCCAUCUUGGAACAGGUCAGCCCCGGCAAAGCCUUCUAUCAACUCCUGCUUCACCAGCCUCGCUGCACGUCUCACCCGCCGCGAUGCCGUCGCCCUUGUCGCUCGACUCAGCUCCUGCGCGUGUUCCCCCUAAGGGUCAUCCUCCCGUGGGGAUGUGCUGAGAGGUAAAAGCCCGAAAUCUAGAGAGGACUGAGGAGCAGUUCCUCUGGUUAUCCCCAGAGUUAAACCGCUAUUGCUGUCCAGAAGUUCUCGAGUGAAAACCUAACCCUAUAAAUAAAAUUCCAUGAGGGAGAGAAAAUUAGCAAAGCUAAUUUCUCUCGAACCGAAUGCCAUUUUAUUUAUAAUAGAAAGAAAAACAGAUACUAAAGUACCUCAACAAAAUGCCUCUAAAAAACCUGAACCUAAGGUGCAAAAACAACAGGCAAAUAUUCCUAGCCAAGGGGAAAGACCUCCACAGGUAGCACAGUACCCUCAGAUGUAUCAGUAUUAUCCUUACGCGACAAACCAAUAUUGAAUGAUGCCAAUGGAUUGGAGAAAUAUUAGUAUUGCUCAGCAGUAUCAGCAAAUCGCUCAAUAUAAUCUUAUUGCAAACAUGCUUAAUAGACGCUCUGGGAUUCAUGUAAAGUUAGCUCAUUGGAUCCAACAAAGGCAAAACGCAAUGCGAAGGGCGAUGAAUAAAUAA